AUGUCUUCGGUGACACAGAGAAAUGUUGGCCUGAUACAGCGGAAAAAUGUCGGGGGUUCUGAAAAUUCCGACCCAGACGUCCAGAAUGCCGACCAUCGUCACAUAGAAGAAGACGAAAUCGACCACGACUCCAAAGAGACUCGUCUCACUUUAAUGGAGGAAGUACUUUUGCUUGGUUUAAAAGACAGAGAGGGGUAUACAUCAUUUUGGAAUGAUUGUAUAUCGUCUGGUCUACGAGGUUGUAUCCUUGUAGAAUUGGGCCUACGAGGCCGAAUAGAACUUGAAAAAGCUGGUAUGAGAAGGCGCAGUUUGCUUACCAGAAAAAUCAUCUGCAAAUCUGAUACUCCAACCGGUGAUGUUUUACUGGAUGAGGCUUUAAAACACAUUAAAGAGACAGAUCCCACUGAAUCUAUUCAAACGUGGGUUGAGUACUUGAGUGGUGAGACUUGGAAUCCAUUGAAAUUGAAAUACCAGCUGCGCAAUGUCCGUGAGAGAUUGGCUAAAAAUUUAGUGGAGAAGGGUGUUUGCACAACUGAAAAACAGAACUUCCUUCUUUUUGACAUGACCACUCAUCCACUGACGGAUGCUGUUGUGAAACAGAAGGUGAUCAAGCGAGUGCAGGAUGCCGUGCUGAGUCGAUGGACUAACAAUCCGCAAAGAAUGGACAAACGUCUUCUGGCUCUCAUAUACCUUGCUCAUGCCUCGGAUGUGUUGGAAAAUGCCUUUGCUCCCCUCUCUGAUGACGACUAUGAAGUCGCCAUGAAACGUGUGCCCACUUGUCACUUUCUAUUCUCUCUCUCUCUCUCUCUCUUUCUCUCUCUCUCUCUCUCUCUCUCUCCCUUUUAA